UAGCGCAUGGAAGUAUUUCAUUAUAAAAUUUGUAUUACGUUUAUUGUUUCUCUAUGAAUUAUACAUGUACAUGGUUUCCUUUCGUCUCCUUUCCGUUCCCCUAUCCCAAAAAACCAAACCGACUCGUUUUAUCUCAUCUUAUAAACGGUUCGGAUGCGCGUCAAAGCUCGGCAUAGCAUGACUUAGCUCGCAGCCUCUCAAGUGGGCGCGAAGCGCACCGAACCAAUCCAAUUUACUCCAACUUGCUUCAAUCCAAUUCUAUUCCAGUGCGAGUCGCAGGCGCCGCCAUCUUUCUCUCCCAGGGUUGGCGCAGAUGCAGGCACAGACAAAAAAUACAGAUGCGUCGAAUCCAUCAAAUGCGAAUCCUGUGAAAUCGAAUCACAUCGUCCAUACCUGCCCGCUGCCAAAACUGCCCCCUGUCGAAAUACACAAUCACGAUCUAUUGACAUAAAAUCGGAAAUUGACUUGUCUAAGCCAUAAUCCAUCCGAGGGCUCCGGCCACGAGUGUGGCAACUAGAGGAGACGAUGUGGAGGCCCCAGAAACCUGUUCUUCGACGGCGGCGACGUUGGUCAACGGAAUCAUUUCCUCGGGGGGGUUCUCGGGGCACUCGUCAAGGUCGUUCGGCGACAGCACGGCGCCGGUGCUGUGGAUCGUGAUGCUAUCUCCUCCGAUUCCAAAGGCCCCGGCUUCGGUCGCCGCGUAGCAAAUUUCGUUCACAUCGUUCUUGAUGGUGCUCGAGCUCGCAUAAUGCGGGGCAAAGGAGUCAGGGCAUGCUCCUGUGCAACAGCAGUAGGACGGGGUGCAGGUUUUCGGAGCUGCCGAUGCUGUUGCGGCGAGGAGUGCGAGGAGUGCGAACAAAUUGCGGGCUGGAAAACAACGGCUCAUAGUGAUAGAAGUAUUGUUGAGUAUUUCCUUUUCGAGAUGAAUUGUGCGUUUCUAGGCUUGUCUUGGUCAAACACCAGUUGUGAUGGGCAGACAAAAAUUUGGUUUGAAUAUGGUCCCGUUAAUGGGGCGUGACGAAAAAUUGAGGAAUUCUUCGAAAAACGGUUCCUGCACCGUUCACUUAGAAACCGUACCGUAAGGUACAUGUAUCCUGCAGAUACUGUUCAUCCUAACGGUGUAUCGGUGUCACAACACCCAAACCCAACGCAAACUUCAGUAGUAUCGGUCGAGCAAGGGAAUGUUCGCGCACUUUCCUUGCCCGUUGCCGCGCAGUAUUAUCCGUUGCAAAUAAUCCAUGCGCGGGCACGCAUAUCAAUAGGACCUUAUCAUGUGUAAUCGCAUCAGUCUUCUAAAGGCGUAAUCGUCGUUGGAAAAUUUGACGCGCAUGACUCCUAUCAAUAUGCGACUCCGCCGAAAAGUCGGGCGGGGGGCUUCCGAAUGUUACCACGUAACUGCUUUAGCGCCGAAACAACGAUAAACCCAACCUUUUGUUUUCUUCUUUCGACGUUACGGUGAUGUGAGGAUAGUGACGCUGACAACCAAUAAUUAUUACUGUACGUUACUGUACUGUACCGUACGGUACGUCCUUUACUUCUUGUUGUGAUCAUUAGUUGUUCGAUCGAUUCACCCGACGACUCAAUCGACUAACAUUAGGUACUCCUCGACCCGACUGACUAGAUGUCACUCACGACUGAAAAACGCAUUAUUUUGUAGCAAGCAACCACGUAAGUUUUGACGUCACUCUCCGGAGAAAAGGUCAUCUUUGCAAUCCGAUUGGAUCAUUUCUUAUUUCAAUUUCAACAAAAUGUGCUACAGGCAGGACCUCUGGGGGCUGAGAGAACGAUGUGAAGUUUGAUGAUUUGCUCAACUAGAGGAGAAGACGGAAAUUCUGGGCCCUCGUGUUGUUCCAUCGCUUACCAAAACAUGCGGUGUGUUACUGCAGAAUCAAUCAAUCGCACCGUUUUGCCAUAUGGUUUGACACCUCCUUCGAAUCGUUUUUUUUUCGUGCUACCGGGCUGUCUCGCCCCGCCCCGCUCAACUAUAAAGAUAUCCAACCCAACAUCUAGCCACGCCUGGCAGCUGCAUUGGCAGAGGAAUCUAGACACCCGAAAAACUAACAAAUCGAUAUUCUGCAAACAAACGAAAUGACGGCGACCGUAUCCAUAAAAACACUAGGUCUUUCGACGUUUCUGCUGGGGUGCGCACUGGUUGCGGCGUCCCUGGUGGUUCCGUUGGUGCAGCCCUUUGCCGUACCAAAGCCUUCAUUCCACAUCAAGCAACGCAUUCCCACCGAGCUCUUCUCGACGUCGGCCUCUGCGGCGUACCUUGAGAGCAUUUCCUACCGUUCCCCAACGGUAGAAGACGGGCUUCUCGGUGCUACGUCCAAGUACCUCGACGCCCUGUCUUCGGUAUCGGCACAGCUGAACAACAACUACGGCAACAACAAUUACGAUGACAACUAUUCCGCCUACGCCGCAACAGAAGCAGCCUCGAAACCGUCGGUGUCAGCAGCAUCGACGCCCUUUUCUGAUGACAUGCUCGUAAACGAGGUCGUGCAGCGAGUGACUCAGGAAUUUUCUUCGGCGCUAAACGCCUUUGGGGGAGAGACUUACGACUCGGUUCUUGACGGUCUCUCCAGUACGUUGGUGUCUCAAUCAGUCCCUCAAUACCUAUGGGACAUGGAUGAUUUUGAUCUGGGUGAUGCGGAGCCAAAGCCUGCCGCAAAGGUGGCCCGGGCCGCGGCGAGAAAAGCGUCGCAACAGGAACCACAAAACUCCGUCAAUCCUGAAGAAACCAUGCGCGAACUCUCUAACAAGCUCGAGGGGAGUUUCCGGAGUUUUAAGGAGAGUCUUUCCUCUUCGACCCACUCCGUGACGAGCAGUUUCCGAAGGGAAACGGCCCAGCCGAACGCCGCGGUGACCACCGCCAAGCAACAGGAAAACAUACUCCAGAUACAGCAAAAACUAGAUGAUGGCCAGUUGAGCCCGGAGGCUCUCUCUCAGAGUGCAAUGGAGGUCGCAAACAAGGCCUCCACUAUGGCUGAGGCCGCCAACAAGGCCGUCGUGGAAUCCAUACCGUCCGAUGCCGAGACGGUCGUGAACAGCCUCGGCGAGACCCUUUCGGGGACCGCCUCCGGAGCUGCCCACUCGCUUUCGGAGACGGCGUCAAGCGCCAACUCGGCAAUUUCGGAAACCCAGAGGGGCCUACAGAACUCUAUCGGCUCUCUGGUCACCAACGCCAACCAGGGGAUCGGGAAGGCCCUCUCGACGCUGGCCGAAUCGACUAGCGCGGCGAAAAGCUCGAUCGCGGAAUCUGCGGGAGCGGCCUCCUCCGCAGUGACGUCCGCCUUCGGCGAGGGUGCCUCAUCCAUUGCCGAAUCGACCAACGCGGCUUCCUCUGCCGUCUCUUCUGCCAUUGGUGGGGGAGCUUCGUCCAUCGCCGAAACCGCCUCAGUGGCGUCCUCCGCAGCCGCCUCGGCCAUCGGAGGGGCUACGUCCGGAACCGCCAAGGCCCUCGCGGCCACUGCGGUGACUGCCAGAGAGUCGGUGGGGGCUACUGGAGCGGCAGUGAAGGCCGCAGUGGUCACAGCCAAGCCAGGGAUGGCUGCUACCAGUGGCAAGGUCUCUGCCGUCACCCUAUCGGCGAAUCAGGGCUUUGGAUUGCCUGGUAAUGCUUAUUCGGGCGGAGGGGACGUUGCGGGGCUCGUCGAGAUGGUAGUAGCCACCGUUGCUUCUAUCCCGCGAUCCAUUUUGGACGCCACCAUGAUGGAAACAAACCAUCCCGGUGCCAUGGACGAUCUUAUGGAGGGGAUUUCCACCGGGCUCUACAGGGACAUUCUGGUUCCCCUCUCGGAGCCGCUCUCCGGAGCGGCUGCAAGCACCAGCACGACACCGAUGGAGCAGGCCCAGGCCGUCCUCGAGACCUCACAGAUGGUCAUGGCCAUGGUGGUGAGUAUCCCCCGGGCCGUCGUCGAGGGGGUAACGGGCCAGCCAAUCAGCGAGGUCCAGGCGAGGGUGGCACAGGCCGACCUCGACGUUCUGGCAGCGCAGCUGUCUGGCUUUGCGGCCACCGUGUCCAAGCUCCUGGUCAGCUUCCUAAAGGUUGUCGCCCAGGCUAUUUCGUAUCUUGUUUCCCAGGGGGGGGGAGGAGCCGCGAUCGGAACCGAGCAAACCGAGGCCAUCGCUAAGCUGGUGACCGUCUUGCUGGAAGAUAUUUUGCCGGCCAUCAUCGAUGGCCUCGCAAUGGUUCUACAGCAGUUCGUGCUCCUGCUCUUGGACGGUGGUGCCGCCAUUGUGCUCGGGAUGUAGUGCAAUGUGAUACUGAUGAAGAUAGAGGAUAGAUAAAAAGCAACUUGCCAGUAUAUGAAGUUGUGCCCGAGCCGAUUUGAUUCAAUCUGAUCAAACCAGGAUGAGCAACCACAAGGAAAGAAACCCACUGUAUGCGCUGCGAGAAAGAGACAGCGGCGUUCGGUCCCGUUCGAGGACAAGGGUUCAAAAGAAAGUAUUGCCAUUACCAUACGAGACGAGACAAGAAGAUAGAUUACAUUCCCUUUUUCAUGUCAUUCGGUCGUGGUACUGAACAAAGCAAUGAAACUUUACACACACAACCGAAUAAUGCACCAACACACACGCUCACACACACAAAUUCGCGCCAUUGCAAUAAGAAAUCAAUGCGCACGAGAAUUUCAUGCUCGAGACUUUAAUCGCAAAUGAUCGAUUCACUGCCUCUCGAGGAGUUUUUGGUAUCGCUUCUUCCCGUAGCCGUGUCAACGAAUCACGGAGGAGUUCACAGUAUCUCAUUAAGGGAAUUGCAACAAAGGCGAAAAGAUUUAAAGAAGAUCAGAUGCAGCUGCGGCGAACACUAAAUUGUAACUCUUUAAGACACCACAGCACCCUCUGGCAUUUUUUUGGCGUUUUAUAGGCCUCAAACUUGUUUCGGUCAUCGGAUGCGUGUCGACCAUCGCCAUCACCGAAUACAUAUGUUCCGAUUCC